UAUGUCUGUGUGUUCAAAUUGGGCGAAGAAGAAGAAGUUCGCGAAGUAAUCAGUGGAAUCUUAUCCCGGAGUCUGUUAGUACGCACCAAAGAAAUCCUCAAGAUGGCCUUCAACAAGCUGAGCAUUGAGAACCUGGACUUGGAGGGCAAGCGCGUCCUGAUGCGAGUGGAUUUCAAUGUCCCCAUCAAGGAGGGCAAGAUCACCAGCAACCAGCGUAUCGUGGCUGCCCUGGAUAGUGUCAAGCUGGCCCUGGCCAAAAAGGCCAAGUCUGUGGUUCUGAUGUCCCACUUGGGUCGUCCCGAUGGCAACAAGAACCUGAAGUACACUCUGGCUCCCGUUGCCGCUGAGCUAAAGACGCUGUUGGGACAGGACGUGACCUUCCUUAACGACUGCGUGGGCGGAGAUGUGGAGGCUGCCUGCAAGGACCCCGCUCCGGGAUCUGUCAUCCUGCUGGAGAACGUGCGUUUCUAUCUAGAGGAGGAGGGCAAGGGCGUGGACGCCAGCGGCGGCAAGGUGAAGGCCGAUCCCAGCAAGGUCAAGGAGUUCCGUGCCAGCCUGGCCAAGCUGGGUGAUGUGUAUGUAAACGAUGCCUUCGGUACUGCCCAUCGCGCCCACAGCUCGAUGAUGGGCGAUGGCUUUGAGAAGCGUGCCGCUGGUCUGCUGCUCAACAAGGAGCUGAAGUACUUCUCUCAGGCUCUGGAUAAGCCACCAAAUCCCUUCCUGGCCAUUUUGGGUGGUGCCAAGGUCGCCGACAAGAUUCAGCUGAUCGAGAACCUGCUGGAUAAGGUCAACGAGAUGAUCAUCGGUGGCGGCAUGGCCUUCACCUUCCUGAAGGUACUCAACAACAUGAAGAUUGGCGGCUCCCUGUUCGAUGAGGAGGGCUCCAAGAUCGUCCAGAAUCUGGUUGAGAAGGCCAAGAAGAACAAUGUGCAGCUGCAUCUGCCCGUUGACUUUGUGUGCGGUGAUAAGUUUGCUGAAAACGCCGCUGUGAGCGAGGCCACCGUUGAGGCAGGCAUUCCCGACGGACACAUGGGUCUGGAUGUGGGACCCAAGACCCGUGAGCUCUUCGCGGCGCCCAUUGCCCGCGCCAAGCUGAUUGUGUGGAACGGACCACCCGGCGUUUUUGAGUUCCCCAACUUCGCCAACGGCACCAAGUCCAUAAUGGAUGGAGUCGUGGCUGCCACCAAGAAUGGAACCGUCUCCAUCAUUGGAGGUGGUGACACUGCCUCUUGCUGCGCCAAGUGGAACACGGAGGCGCUUGUCUCCCAUGUGUCCACCGGUGGCGGCGCCUCGCUGGAGCUCCUCGAGGGCAAGACACUGCCCGGUGUGGCCGCUUUGAGCAACGCCUAAGCGGACGCAAAAUGAAGGUGCUGCUGCGCCCGCUCUCUUUGCAAUAUUUAUAUGUUAAUCAUGUCGUUUAUCUUGUAAGCACAAAAAGUAACCAACAAGUAGUAAAAAGUUAAAGUUGAA